CUGGCAUGCAAGGGAUCAAGUGUCAGAGCUGCUAUGAGGAAACCCAUAAAGUUGAUCAACAGCUUUUGCUCCAGGAUGUGGUAUUGCCAAGUAAAAAUUUCCCUAUUUCCUUAUUGAGGAUGUCGGGGAGAACCCCAAGGAGGGAAGGUUGCUCAGUCUGCAGCUACGCUUGAGCUAUAAAAGCCCCUGGACUGCCCCACCGCAGCCACUGGGAGAGCUCGCAUUGUCGAAGGUGUGCCGAGAACAUGAUGCUCUGGGAGUUCCUGCUGCUGCUGCCGCCCCUGCUUGCAGGGAGCUCAGCUCUGGACUGCAUGGAGAUGCCGGGGUCAUUAAAGCAGAUUGAUGCCAGUAAUGGGCAGGUGUUUGGAGUGAACACCGCAGGCAAUGUUUACACUCUGUAUGGAGACAGCUGGGUCCAGCUGCCGGGCUCCUUGAAACACGUCUCGGUUGGUCCGGCUGGAGUCUGGGGUGUGAACAAGAACAACAACAUCUACAAGCUGGUGGGAGGAAGCUGGCAACAGGUCACAGGGCUGCUCAAGCAAAUUGACGCGGGUGGAGACGUGUUCGUCGCUGGUGUCAGCAUGAACGGUGGCAUCUACUGUCUGUCUCGUCCGGCAGCGGUCUCUGUCAACAAUGCCUCCACCUUGCCCUGGGUCAAUAUUGCAGGAAGUCUGAAGUACUACAGCUGUGGCUUGUGGGGCUGCUGGGGCGUUAACUCAGCCGAUGAUAUCUACUUCCGGUUUGCUGUCACCCCGGACUCUUGUGCCGGAUCCACGUGGCAGAACAUUCCCGGCAAGCUGUCCAUGAUUGAGGUCGGGACCGAAGGCUCUGUCUACGGCGUGAACAGUGCAGGACAAAUAUAUCGCAGGGAUGGAAUCACUAAAAGCAACCCCAUCGGCACCACCUGGACCCAGGUGGCCAGUUUCCUCUGCAAAUGCAAACAUGUGUCCUAUGACCUGGGCCUGCUGUGGCUUAUCAAUGACCAGGAGAAGAUUAUGAAAUGCCGGAUCUAAAUGAAACUCCCUCCAUCUCAGCCUCACAGUGAUUAACAGUGUCCAUUUAAACUUUCUCUCUCCCCCACAGUGCUUAAUUUGUACCAGCCUGGGCUGAGCCCCAGCACCUCUGGGUUUGCCGUGUCAGUGAUGAAAAUAACAAAUUGCUUCAGCCCCAGCACCUCUUUCAUUACAAACUAAGCACUGCUCCACUACCUUGUCCAUGUUUUCUGCAAACCAUCUCCAUCCAGUGGUAUGAAGCUUUUGUUCGAAGGAUAAAAUCGAGUCCCACAAAAUAGAGCCAAGAAGAUUCAUCAUUACCUGCUCCUUCUCUGCCUCUGCUGCCCCUGCCCCCAGACGCACAUACUUCUACUCCGAUAAAAUUCACUGGCUGAAAGCUGAACACAAGCAAGGUCCAACUGAAAACCAAGGGCAGUGUUUUUAGCUAUGAGGGAAGUAAACCAUACGAACAGAUCCACAAAUGAUGUGGUAAAUUCUCCAUCGCUUGGAGUCUUUCAAUCAAGACUGGAUGUCUUUGUAAAUGCUCUGAUAUACUUUGUAUCAACUGCAUGCUAUUAGGUGCAAUUCAAAAGUCACUGCGUGACAUCUGUGGCCUGUGUUAUGUAGGAAAUCAGACUAGAUGGUCAUAAUUGUCCCCUUCUGGACUUUAUAUUUAUGACUCUAAUGGAGCCCAUUGUAUUAGCAACACACAAAACUGAGCUGGGCUUAGGAAGAACUUCCAAGAGAACCAGAAAGAAAAACAAAAUUUAAGUAACCCCAACUAGGUAAUUUUUCUCUGCCUUUCUGCAAAAUUCACCAUCACCAACUACCUGUGUUACACGGUUCUCCUUCAGUUAGCCUGAUUUCAGCCUCUCCACUUCAGAAGGUCCUGGCAUGAUCAGUUCAUAAUAAGGAACAAGGGCCAAGUUAUUACACACACGCUGUCCUGAUUUCUAUGCCAGAAGCUCUGCAUAUCCACCCCUCUUGCCCUGCAUUUCCAUUAUGAUAAAUCCCAAAUAUCUGCAUCACCAGAUUAAGAAAGAAUAGAGGCCACAUGUAUCCAACAGGAUGGCUGCGGAGCCAGAGCUGCUCUCUCUAGGCUGAGCAGGAAAGGGCUGGUAAAGGUUUGAAGUUUCCGUCUUGCUCACUCUUGUGCCAAUAAAGUCUUGCAGCAUCUCGGGCGCUCUCCUUGUCAUUUUGUGCUCACUGGACUCGACACAACUGAAGUUUGGGGGAGUGCUGUGGUGCUAGGGAUUCAGCAGCCCAGAAACCACGUGUGUUUUGUGGAAAGAGAAACGGUCUGAGCUCUACAACAAACUAGUCCUGGCGUGUGCGACAUCAUUAUCUCCACUGGGCUGCCGACCCUCCCACUCAGCUAGUCUUCCCCCUGCCCCCCACAAUGCUCACUCGAGCAGUCUAGGUUGCCCUGCUAAUCUGUUCCUCUCCCUUCCCUCACCUCUGAAACACGCUGCCAGGGAGAAGAGACAGGGGUGAUCAAGGGUGAGCUAGUCAUUCUGCCUCACACUGGUCCCCCUCUCCCUUGCCAUGUGUCCUAUGUGCAGUCAGGAAUCCUGAUGAGUGGCCUGACUGAGCAGGUGGGCGUUCUGCAGGUGGGCAGAGCUCCCACCUUGCCAUCACAAUCAGAGAGAGACGGGCGGGUGAGAAACAAAAUCCACCUCUCUACAGUCUGUGCGGUCCGACCCCAACACUGAGAACACAGCCUCUGCCUGGGCUUUGUAGCCAAACCUCGCCCCUUUAGCCUGAAUCAGAACAAUGAACCAUGGCGAACUGAUAGGUCUCAAUAAGGAGUUGGUCCAAUAAAAGGUAUUACCUCCCCCACCGUGUCUCCGAUAUCCUGGGACCGAUCCAGCUACAGCAACACUGCGUGCUCUCAAAUGUAAUU